UUUAGAGACAGAGCAAGAGGAGAGAGUACUACAUACUCACGCAGCUUUUGGGCACCCCUACACUUGAACAUGGCAACUCAGAAGUUUUCAAACUUCUCCAUUGAUUACAUCUUAGGAGACACCAGCAGGCAAACAGCAGAAUCCCCUGGAGUGGAUCAUCCAGCAUCUUCUCAAGAUUUCCAGGGGCACUUGAGAAAGCUGGACCAGCUCUACCAAGAAGGAUGUAGAGGUCACUGUGAUCGUGCAGCACUGAUGGUGAACUUUCCUUGUCCAUCAUGGCCAGGGAUGUACUGCUGCUGCGUUCCAGUCUCCUACUACCAGUCGACUUACUAUGCAGGGCAACCGUGGCCUUAUGCCGUAGCCGGUUGUGAAACAGCUGAGAAUCACUACCACACAAUCGCUCAGCGACCGCGCGGUCGAAUCCGAACGGUUUUUACCGACAACCAGACGGAGCAGCUCGAGCGACUCUUCGCGGUUACCGACUACCCGACCGUCGAGACCCGGGCAGAGUUAGCCCAAAACACGGGCCUCAGCGAGGAGACUGUGCGGGUGUGGUUCAAGAAUCGACGUGCACGCAGAAAGAGACAGACAACCUGCCCUGACAAACACGCUAAUCGAGCUCUGGAGGAUCAUCAGGAAUCAGAUUAGCCUAAUUUAUGACAGAAUAAUGCCAACAUUUUGUUGGAAUGUCUUUUUAAAAAUAUACACAUUUGUUCUACAGUUUAACUUAUGUACAUUUUAUAUGAAUAAACAUGAUUUUCUCAAAUUAA